AUAAAAAAACAAAAUUUUCAGACCUUCCAGAAUUUCCUGUUACGCUGUCUACAACCAGUCCUCAUUGAGGGAGGAGUGACAAACCUGAUUGGAGGCAAGACCAUUACACUACCAAAGGCUGUCUUUUCUAAUACUAGGUCUAUCCUCAUCAAUGUGGGAUUUUUGGUUGUCUAACAUCUAAUUUGAUUGGAUAGCAGUGAGGAUUGUUAUUUUUCUCCAGUACAUUGGCUAUACUCAAGCAAUAAGGCAUCAAGGGGUCUGGUAUAUGGCUAAGGGCUGUAUCCAGGUACUCUGCGUUGUCUGAUUAUGCCAGGGCUUGAACCACCCAGUUUAUAAAACUUAUCAAUACCUUUUUGUUUUGCUACAUACGUGCCAAAUGUAAACCAGUCCAUAUGAUUGUAUUCUAGUUUUUUGUCCUGUCCAAAUUUGAUUCCAAUGUGCCCGAUCAUUGUGUCCUUAUGAUUAUGGAAAACUGCAAAAUGGGUAACUUUUUGCUAGAAUGUAGUUCUAUUGGAGUUAAUCAAUUUACAAUAGCUCGCCCCUAGGAGGCUCGUAGACGUGUAAGCAUUACGUCGACGCCAACCAUUUAUCUACAUCCGCCAUUUUAGACACCAAAAGCACUGUCAAGUCUAUGCGUUGACAUAACCAUAUAAAUUGCAUCAAAGCGAGAUGGAAAAUCAACUCUGCAAGCUCUUUAUUGGUGGACUAAAUGUUCACACCACUGACGGUGGUCUUCGUAAACACUUUGAACAGUAUGGCCAGCUGACCGACUGCGUAGUUGUUCAGAACCAGCAACUACAGCGGUCUCGCUGUUUUGGUUUUGUAACCUAUGCUACUGCUGAUGAGGCAGACGCUGCAAUGUCCGCCCGGCCUCAUGCCCUGGACGGCAACAAUGUUGAACUGAAAAGAGCAGUGGCACGUGAAGAUGCGGGAAAACCUGAGGCUCUGGCUAAGGUUAAGAAAAUAUUUAUCGGGGGUCUGAAAGAAGACAUAGAGGAUGGACAUCUGAACGAGUACUUCUCUCAGUUCGGUACUAUCGAGAAGGCCGAGGUUAUUAGCGAUAAUCAAACUGGUAAGAAGAGGGGGUUUGGUUUUGUUUAUUUCGAAGAUUAUGAUUCUGCCGACAAAGCGGUGGUACUGAAGUUCCACCAUAUAAAUGGCCAUAAAGUAGAGGUGAAAAAAGCCCUCACCAAGCAAGAAAUGCAGGCUGCUGGCACCCGUGGCGGGAGGGGAGGAAGGUUUCAAAAUGGAUACGGUGGUGGCUAUGGAGGAGGUUAUGGAGGCAGUGACGGUGGAUACGGCGUGGGGUACAGUGGAGGCUAUGGUGACCAAAUGGGUGGCUACGGUGGGAACGGCUACAGUGAUUUUGGAGGUGGCUAUAGCGACCAGUCAUCUAAUUAUGGCCCCAUGAAAGGGAUUGAUUGGACCAAGAUGAGGACAAGUUCCUAUGAGGAGGAAAACUCUUGUCUAUGGCAUCGGGACGACUAAGGUGUGACCCAAGACUGUGCUGAUCCAGCUCUUGUGGUCCUGUCAUCACAGGAUGAAAAAAGAUGUCUGUGAAAGAUGCAGGUUUUUUGAAGGACCUAAUAUCCAUCUGUUGGGAAAGUUGAAACUUUCACUGAAUCAUUCAGAUGUGUAUCCUUGUUUUGUAUUCCAGUAUGUGGAAUCAAUUGCACUGCUUGUACUGUACUCUAAUGGUUAUUAGUCAAUUCAAUAAAUAUCGAUAUUUUUAAAACGUA